GUUGCCUUAAUGUUCUUGCCGGAACGUUGAUAUUAAAGGAGCUUAGUAAUUCCGGGCAGUCGAUAGUGCCUGUGAAGAUCUUGUUUACAAGUAAAGCUCGUGCUGUGACUCUUCUCUCCAAAAGAGUGUCUAGACCAAGCAGUCUGCAACGUUCGCUGUAGUCAGUGAGCUCCUGGGGCUGGUUCCACGGCAGGAAUCUGAGUGCGUAUUUCACAAAUCUCGAUUGAACAGCUUCAAGUCUUUUGGACCAAACCAUCGUAUAAGGAGACCAAACUUCCGAGGCAUACUCUAGUAAUGAGCGCACUAGGGAACAGUAUAAGGAUCGAAGGCAGUAAGCUGCCGCUCAUAGCAAGUCCGUCCCAUUUGCAUUUUCAUCAUUUUUCAGUUUAUCGCUGGAAUCAGUUUAACUUUAUCUGUAGUUUCAAGAGAAAAUUUUGUUUUCAACACUUUGUUCUGAUGAACAUUGAAAAAAACCUCAAGUAAAUUUGUCCCAUUGAACAAAUGAUCGCAAGUCGGUCCCAUAUGGCAUAAAUCAUCGCAUGUCGGUCCCACAGCCAUAAGGGCCCAGCAAAUGAUUUUCAACGGAAUCAAAACGAAAAAAUUAUCUUUAUAAAGCGAAAAUCUUUCAUUAGCCUUUGCUGUGAUAGAUUCAGUUGAUAAUUUUGAUUAAAAACGCAUACAAGUGCCGAACUACCAUUGGACUUUUAAUGAUUUUUCAAUACCGUUUUUCUCAUUUCAACAAAAACGCAAAUGGGACGGACUUGCUAUGAGCGGCAGUAAGGGUCUCGAAACUCUUUCGAUACUCUUUUGAGGAAUCCGAGGUUGCGAUUUGCUCUGGAGAUUAGAGGCUAAUAGUUAUCCGGGGAUAAGUAAUCCUGCAAGUGUACUAAAAAUAUUUAGUACAGCCAGUGCCAUCCUGCAUUCAGAACGCCGCCAAUUUAGUACACGUCAAUCUAAUGUUUUGAUCGCGUUUUCUUUUGUCGUCUAAAUCGUAACAAUGGAAAUUUGGGGGAUCCAGAAAAUCCGUCGUUUGCAUACAAAUGGUCUUGCGGUGAGGGUCAGUUAAUAACGGUUUUACAACGUUUUCAUCGCAAAACCUCCAGCCGUGCAGCAUUUGGUGGAAAAGCUGCCUCAUAUUACCACGGUUAGCGCUAGCGGAUGUAAGUGUCUUUCCCAGUGAAUAAAUAAAGUGUAAAUUUUGUGAAUGAACUCAGUGAUUCAAGUAGCAGAACCGGCAGUUCUCCUUACGGCGGACAACGGCUCCCGGUUCAUGGCCAAUGCUACCGAGGAUGAAUUAGACGAGGAAUUAGAUGUUGAAGUUGAAUCCGAUGAGGCAUCGGUAACCCAAAACGAGGAACCAGAAACAGAUGAAGAGCCAGAAACGACGAAAUCGCGAGAUGCAGAUACAUUCCUUCUAUUUACAAGGAACUAUGUUACUGGAACUCAGCUGGAAUUGCCUGCCGGAAAUCCUGUCGAAUUCCUCGUUGGAUUUGCCAAUAAGAGAAGUGACGAUUUCAUAGUAAAAAUUUUAAUUACUUCAUUCAAAACUUUUCGGGUAUUGCCUACAACUGAGACAUUAAACCGGGUCACGAAGCGACCGUCUCUUACUCGUUCCUUUCAUCUGAAUCGGUUGGCGGUCGGCCAUUCGGAUUGAACAUUGCGCUCAACUACCGUGACGCCUGCGAAAAUCAGUUUUCCGAAGGUUGAGAAGGGUAGCUAUCGUUAACAAAGCAAAAAACAGAGACACAAAUAUGUAGAAUGCCCGGGCCAUCACCAUCAUCAACACAAAAAGUAUAAUCGGCGUGGAACAAUGAUUCUGGCAUUAUCUUCCGGAAAGUCGUUUGACUGAAUAGUUAGUUGGCAAACAAAUUAUAAUGAAAAAAAAAAUGUAUUUUGCGAAAGGUCACAUUAUGCUAGAUAAUCGUAAUGUCAAAAAAACCCUCAAGUCAAAACGGGACGUUCCAGAUUAUUUGACCUUCGCCGGCAGCUGCCAGUCCGUUGUUGAUAAUGUUUCGUCUCAUUCCUCGAGACUAACAUGCCACUUCUGGAUCUGAUCGAUGCUGCCCGUUCUGGCAACGAAAAGCAGGUUCACGAACGGGCCGAACAGUAUACUAAACAUGCAGAAAAGCUGGUCGAGGUUGCCAACCUUGUGUGCAGCAUGUCCAACCA